AUGGCACCCUCGCGGACAGAAGACCUUCUGCCAGCAAACGAGAACACGUCAGAUGCAUCGAACUUGCAGAAGGUACUUCACGAACUUAAUGAGCUAGAAAGUCAUGUACAGCGGGUCCUGGUUACAAUCCAGUCCCCUGAAAUCGCUUCGUUGAUAGAGAACCAGCUGCAUGACCCCGAUCAAUUACCAGACCCCGGGCUAGAGCAAGUGGCGCUUAGGUUGGUGGACACAAUGGACCAUAUACAACUGCAACUCGUUCCGUCCGUGUCACUGCUCACAGAUGGCUUCUUCGGAUAUCUCAACAGUAAAGUCCUCUGGACCGUGGUCGACGCCCACGUGGCCGAUCAUCUAGCCAAGAGUGGGCCCGAACCAGUGAGAACGCUAGGCUUGCGCUGUGGAAUCCAGCCAGAGCGUCUCUCGCAGCUCCUUGAUACGCUGGUUAACAACGGCAUAUUUGCCUAUGAUGAAAACGAGCACACGUACAGGAACAACCGGGCAUCUGACCUGCUCCGCCAUGAGCACUGGACUCAAUGGCACUUGUGGGCGGACCUAUAUCCGAACGAGUUUUUCAACGUGAGCCGGUCGAUGCCGGACGCGGUGAAGCUGGGAGAAAGGCGAACGGCCGCACAAAUCGAAUACGGUACAGACUUGGACCUGUUUGAGUAUUUCUCCCAGCAGGAGAAACUUGCUCAGUUUCAGAAAACCCUCGGGGCAGGGGCAGUUGCGCAGGCCAAGGGCUUGGUAGCCGACUAUCCCUGGGCUGAUAUCGGAUGUGAGCACCCCAUUCUGGAUCUUGGGGGUGGCUCGGGGUCAUUCCUUGCCUCGAUACUCCGCGGCCAUCCCAACUUAGUUGGGGGGAUCAUGGAUUUACAGUCCGUCAUCGACCUGGUCACCCCUGAGUUCCGGGAGGCUACUGGCAAGUUUGCCGAUAUCGGUCCACGGGUCCAGCAGCUGGUAGUUGGAGACUUCCUCAAACAGAUCCCCGCGUCAGCUGUAUAUACCAUGAAAUGGUGCUUACAUGACUGGGUGGACGACGACGUCAUCACCAUCCUUCGCAAUGUGCGGCGCAGCAUUGUCGCGUCGCCAGUCAGUCGGUUCAUUGUCUUUGAGUCCAUCAAGGUGCCCGGUCGCUCAGGUAGACUACCCCGUUAUGGUGAUCUGGUCAUGAUGAUUACUUGCAAUGGCAAAGAACGGUCAAUGGAAGAUUGGGAGCGUCUAGGGCAGCUAGGAGGUUGGCGCAUCGAGAAGGUCCACCGACUCCGCCGGGCAUGGCCGUGUGCUAUCGACUUUCGACCUGUCUGA